ACGAUGGUGAGGGCACGGUUCCUCUCCAGUCCUCCCAGACCCGGGAUCCCCAGCUUUGCUCACCCAGCCCUGCCCUCCCCCUAACCCUGCAGAUGCUGUGGCUGCUGUUCCUGACCUGCCUCGCUUGGGGGGCUCCGUGCCUGUGUUCCCGGAUCUCAGCCCCGGGACUGAGUGGGCGCACGUCGUAGAGGGCCACAGUGCCCCUCCCGGGAAGUGGCCGUGGCAGGUCAGCCUCAGGACCUUCAACAAGGAGCAGGACCAGUGGGGGCACAGCUGCGGGGGCUCCCUCAUCCACCCCCAGUGGGUGCUGACUGCGGCCCACUGCGUGGCACUGGCCACAUGGGCGCCACAGACAUACAGGGUCCAAACUGGGCAAGUGACGCUCUAUCGCCAUGACCAGCUGACGAAGGUGGCCCAAAUCAUCCUGCACCCCAAGUUCAACAUGAGCCUGUCGGCCUGGGUGGGGUGCAGACAUCGCCCUGCUGAAGCUGGAGACCCCCGUGAUGCUGUCCGAUCUCGUCCACCCGGUCUCCCUGGCCCCCGACUCACUAAUGCUCCUCCCGGGGAAGAAGUGCUGGGUGACCGGCUGGGGGACCCUUGCGCCGCUGCCCCCAGCCCCCCACCUGCAGGAGGCCGAAGGCCCCAUCGUGAGGACCCGAGCUUGCGAGAGGAUGUAUCACAAAGGCCCCGUUGCCCAUGGCCAGGGCACCGUCAUCAAGGCUGACAUGCUGUGUGCAGGGAGGAAGGGGCAGGGCUCCUGCCAGGGCGAUGCUGGGGCCCCCCUGGUCUGUUACUGGCUGGACACCUGGCUCCAGGUUGGCGUGCUGAACUGGGGUGUGGCCUCCAGGCACGAGGACUACCCUGGUGUCUACACCCGGGUGAUGACCUAUUCCUCCUGGGUCCGCCAGCACGUCCCGCUGGAGCGUUGAGGGGGCUUUAAGAGCUGGGGAGCCGACCUGCCCUCGUGCCAUCCCUGCCGGGCCUCUGCUCCCCUUCCCGCCUCCAGACCCUGUUCCUGUCCACCCCGCCUUUACCCCGAAGUACCCCGUCCUUCCCUGACCUGGGGGGUGAGGACACAGCGGCAGGGCAGGCUCAGACGCUGGUGUCCCGUGGAUGUGGGGGAGGGACGGACGCACCCAGGGACCUUGCCUCCUGCCUGGAUCUGCCAUGUUAUUACACUGUGUGAACAGCAGCCUCCGUGUCUCCGAUUCUCUGAUGUGUCCUGGGCUGCGGUGGGACUUCCUGGUACACAUCCCAAGGUUCCGGAGGGCUCGUGGCCAACCUGGAGGGACCGCACCUUCAGGCCAGGUUGGGGGCCCACGGGGAGGGUGUGUGGUUCCUGCCCCAUUCUGGGAGGGCUCCACUUCCCAGAGGCGGUGCCUGGGCUCCCUGAGCGGCUCAGCCUUCCCCGCAGCUUCCCACAGCCCAGGGAUGAGCUACCUGUUCUCUCCCCAACACCUGUCCCUGGUUGGGACAUUCCCCUCAUUCCCCCAAAUCUGUGACAUCAAACCCAGCCUCGCUGCACCCCAGUUCCAACACAGAGCCGCACUGCGGGGCCAGCAGCCUGAGCCUGCUGCCUCGGCCGGGUCUCCUCCUUGGACCUCCCGGAGUCUCAGGGUCAGCUGAGGACACAGCCUUCCUGAACUGUGGGGUUUCUGAGAAGCUGGCUGCCCUGAAAUUUGGGGGACCCCAGCUCUGCCCCCUGAGCAGCUGCUCCCUCACCCCUCCUCUGCAGGGAGAGGAGCCGCUGUGGGUGUGGGUCCCCAUGGUCACCCUUAAGACCCCGAACAGGACACAGUGGCCCCAUCACAGCCACAGCCUGGGCACCACUGGUGUGCUGUGGCCACUCCCACUAAUCUGGGACCAACACUGUCCAUCCCCAACUCUGGGGGAGACGGGAGCACCCCACCACAUGGACUUCCUGGAGCCACAGGGAGGCCCUGCCUCUGCCCUGCUGAGCCCCUUCUGCUCCCCAGGCCCCUCCAAAGCAGGGGAUCCACCCCCCUCCCAGGCUCUCCUCCACGAUAGGCACCUGAGGACAGCUUCCUCGGGGGUCUCUCUGCACCUCCUCCCGGCCCCACCAGGAUUCCGGAUUCUUCCCAGAGCCCAGGCUUCCUGGGACCCCAGGGGGCCUGCAUGGGCCACAGGGCCCUUGACCCUGAGUGGACCUGAACGUCCCCAGACUGGGCAUCAGAUCGGGUUUCUGUUAUCAGGGGUCUGCGGGGAAACGGCUGAGAAAGUUCGUGAAGAAACGCCGGGGAAAAUACCGUGGCGCCUUCUCUCCAGCUCUGGGUGGUUGGCUGCUUCGUCAGCUCCCCCGCCAGCCCCCAGGCUGGACAGGACGGCCUUGCCCUGAGAUGGAUGGGGCAGGGGGGGCCGACAGUGGCUGCCUCCGCCCCCGGGCCUCAGCAGGAGGGUCCCCCUGGGGGCCUGACGCUCUCAGGUUCACCGCCCUGCCGUGGCUGUGAUCAUCAGAUGGGAUCGUCUGUCCAUCCACCUGACAGGCAGGGGGCCGGGGGACCCCUGAACUCCUCACCUCUGGCAGAGGAACUUCUGGCUUUUAGUGCCAGCUGCCCACCCCAACUACACGCACCUCCAACUUGGGAAGCCCGAGGUGUGCUGCAGUGGUGGGGGCACACAGACGAGAUUGGGGAGGGCCUUAAGGCUGGAGAAAGGGAUUUAGGAAGAAGUUGGGGACCAGGUGGGGGCCCAGGCCAGAGAGGGAGGAAUAGGGACCGUGGGGCCCCAAGGAGCAUGGGGGUCAGGCUUCCUACACUCUGGGCAGGAUGUGAGCACCCGAGGCCCCUUUCAUUAGCUCUGACCGGGGUCCCAGCACCCGCUGGGGGAGGGAGGGGCCUGGAGCCGCCAGGCCUUUCUCACGGUGCCUGUGACCUCUUGGUGGGGGCGUCCCAGAGGAGCAGCAGCUUUCACUGAGGCCGGGGACAGAUGGCCCGGGCUGCAGGAUGUGGGGCACCCCGAGUCCUCCAACACUGGACAGCUGCAUCCCACUCUUCCCUGUCUCUCUCCUCUCCGUCCCUUCCCUCCCUGCCUUUCCGGCAGCCUCUGUGGUUGCCGGUCCUGGCUCCGUCCUCGAAGCCCCGUGCCCCCUGGGAGAACCAUGGCUCUGGCGCCGCCACACCUCCGAAGCUCUUGCCCGAGACCCAGGGUGCAGCCGUGCCACGUCCAAGGCAGCAUUUCUGCCCCUGGGCCCCUCCGGUCAGCACUGCAUGGGUGUCUCUCCUGUCUCUGCGGCAUAGCGCUCCGCGGGUCCCAGCUCCUUGGGAGAGCUGAGCGGGAGGAUUGCUUGAGCCCAGGAAGUGGAGGCUGCAGUGGGCUGUGUUCAUGCCACUACACUCCAGCCUGGGCGACAGGGCCAGACCCUGACUCAAUUGUGUCCUGAAGGCCUCUCUGAGGACAGAGGACCUCACCCCAACCACACCCACCAUGGAGGUGUCUCCCCAUGCAGACCCCAGGGUGAGUCGGCUGGAGGGCAUCUGGCCAGAGUGGGCUUGGCUAGUUGUGGUGGGCACCGUCACAGUGGGCACCUUCCUUGGACAGUCUGCUGGGCCUGUGGCCCCUGUCCUGGGAGCGAGCCGCACCUCCACACGGGGCUACCCCUCGCCUUCAUGGGGUGCUGCAGUACGUGAACUGCUGGAAACUGUCCUGGGGACCCCAUGAUGGGAGGCAGAGGCUUGCUGCUGCCUCGGGCUCCUUCCUGAGCUCCAGAU